AUGGGUUUAUUCAAUAGUGGAAAAAAUGAUAAAGUUGAAAAAGUAAGCAAAUAUGAACGACAUUAUAAUGUUCCACCAAGUUCUUCACAUCGUCGUUCAUCAAAACAUCGUUCUCAUCAAGGUGAUAUUGCUGUUCGAGCUAUAUCUCAACCACCAUUAAUGCGUAUGGCUGGUGGUGGUGGCGGUGGUGGUGGUGGUGGUUAUUAUCCAUCAUCAAAUGUAUUUCCUCCAAGUAUUGUUACACCAAUGGCACCCAAUGUUAUGUCUCAAGUUCGAUAUCCAAUAUCACCAUUUGAUUUAAGUAAAUAUCCAUCAUCAACAACAUAUUCAGCUAAUCCAUUUGCUAAUGCUGCUGCUAUGGCUGCUGCUGCUGCUGCUGCUGGUCAAAUGACACCAAUGAAUUUUGGAGCUGUUUGGAAUAAUGGAAUCGGAUUAGGUAAUAAUCGACCAGCUUUUCAACAACAACAACCAUUAAAUGAUUAUCAACAAGUUGGUUGGCCUUUAAUGGCUCCAACAAAUAAUGGAUAUAUGCCACCUAUGCAAUUUUAA